AUGGAGUUCCUGGGCGGAGGAGAUCUUGAAAAAUUCAUAAGAGAUUCAGCUCCACUUGAUGAAGUAACCUUAAGAUGUGUUACUGCCGAAAUUCUCUGUGGACUGCAGCACCUUCAUUCUCUUCAGAUUGUCCACAGAGAUCUAAAACCAGAGAACAUUCUUCUGGAUAACGCCGGGCACGUCAAGAUUGCCGAUUUCGGCCUGUCGGCAAUGUUCGUCACGGAGAAAAACAGAGUCAAAAGUUGCGUGGGGACGCUAUGUUACAUGGCCCCUGAAGUCUAUUAUCAAAGGCCAUACUAUUACCCCGGCUGA